AUGCUUUUAAGUGCUAACAACAUUCCACCAGUUGAUGGUAGUACGAAAGCUCACGAUGUUAGAGAAACUAGUACGCAGAACGGUGGUGAGAACGAUGAGCAAGAUUUGGCUGAAAAAUUAGGAGAUGCUCAUCUAAAUAUUUUGCCAAAAAAGAAAAUGAUUAUAUGCCUUGCAACUAUGUCUCUUGGGUUGUUUAUAUCGUUUGUUGAUCAAACUGGGAUAACUAUUGCAUUACCACGGGUCGCAAAGGAUUUGAAUGCAGAGACCACUAUUAAUUGGGCAGGUACGUCUUCUCUUUUGGCUAAUUGUGUGUGCCAGGUGUUAGUUGGUAGGUUUGCUGAUAUUUUUGGUAGGAAGACUGUAUUGUUGUAUUCUUUCUUUCUUUUGGCAGUUGCUGAUUUAGCCUGCGGGCUUGCAAGAACAGGAGUACAAUUCUUCAUUUUUAGAGCAUGUUGUGGUAUAGCAAACGGAGGAAUCCAGCUGUUAACCAAUAUUAUCAUUUCUGAUAUUGUUGUACUUAAGAAGCGUGCUAAGUAUUAUGGUAUUCUUUCAAGUAGUAUAGGACUAGCUAACUGCACAGGUCCAUUGAUUUUAGCUGGUUUUAUAAAAAGUUCAACUUGGAGAACAUUUUAUUAUAUCAUGCCAGCCAUAUGUUUUUUAGUGGCCUCUACGAUUUACUUUGUUGUUAGUAAAAAUAAAAAGGAAAAGCUGGAUAUAUUAACCAGAAGAGAAAAAUUCAAGAAGAUUGAUUAUUUGGGGUUCAUAUUCAGCUCUGCUGGUUUGAUUCUUUUACUUAUUCCCAUAAGUGGAGGUGGAUCAACAUACAAAUGGAGCA